AUGUCCUUCUCCAGCCUUGUCCAGGACCUCAGCCUGCGCGACAGCCAUGACUCUCGCCGCCCCGGCCUCGCCCCCCCCUCUGUCUCUACUCUCGAUGAUCGAAACUCGCACCUGUCUCGAGCCGUGUCCUACACCAGCACCGCUGCAACCAGCGUGAGUAUCUCUGGCGACAUUGGCAGUCAGCUGCACGGUGGUUAUUUCCAUCCUCUUGCUCGCUCCUGGCAGGCAGAGCGCCAACUGACCAAGUCCAUGUUCAUCUAUCCUCUCUUCGUCACCGAUCGAACCGACGACAUGAACCUAGUGCCCUCCCUUCCUGGACAGUACCAGCUUGGCCUCGGCAAGCUCGUUUCCUUCCUCGAGCCCCUCGUUCGCAAAGGUCUUCGCUCAGUGAUACUCUUUGGUGUUCCCAUGAAGCCCGGUACCAAGGACGCUCUUGGCAGUGCUGCCGAUGACCCCGAGGGUCCUGUCAUUCAGGCAAUCCGCCUCAUUCGACGUCGUUUCCCGCAAAUGUACAUCUGCGCAGACGUAUGCCUCUGCGAGUACACCUCCCACGGCCAUUGCGGAAUUCUGCGCGACGACGGGAGCCUGAACAACCAGCUCUCGGUGGACCGCAUCUCCGACGUUGCCGUUGCUUACGCCAGAGCUGGAGCCCACUGUGUCGCUCCCUCGGACAUGAACGACGGACGCAUUCGAGCCAUCAAGCUCAAGCUGAUUGAGGAGGGUAUCGCACACAAGACCACCCUGAUGUCGUACUCGGCCAAGUUUUCCGGCUGCCUCUACGGCCCCUUCCGCGACGCUGCCGGUUCGGCUCCAUCCUUUGGCGAUCGCAAGUGCUACCAACUUCCCCCCAGCGGCCGCGGCCUUGCUCGUCGGGCCAUCGCGCGUGACAUCAGCGAAGGCGCUGAUAUCAUCAUGGUCAAGCCCGCUGGUCAGUACCUCGACAUCAUCAGCGACGCCAAGGAUCUGGGCAAGGACCUGCCCAUUGCAGCGUACCAAGUCAGUGGGGAAUUUUCCAUGAUCCACGCCGCUGCCAAAGCCGGUGUCUUUGACCUCAGGACGGCUGCGUUUGAAGCGACGGAGAGCAUUCUGCGGGCGGGUGCCACCAUUGUCGUGAGCUACUUUACUCCGCAGUUCCUCGACUGGUUGGAGAACUAG